GUUCUCUGUUGUGGGGGGGACUACAAAUCUCAUAAAGAGCACCCAGACCGGCCCUGUCCCCAUGGCCGAAGGGGCGGCCCAGACCUGCCGUAGCCGGGAGGUCGGCGUCCAGGCGGACCCCGAGGCUGGCCCGGCCCGGCCCCUGGCCCUCCUGUCGCCGGUGGACUACGUCGGGCUGCGCGCCUUCCUGCAGCGGGUGGAAGAACCGGUCAUCCGGGAGCUGGACAAGAACUGGAAGAGCCACGCUUUCGACGGCUUCGAAGUGAACUGGGCGGACCCAAACGAAACGGUCUCUUGUGUGCACAGCCUGUCGUACCCAGAAGCCCAGGAGCGCAACCUGCAGGUCACCGGCGUCUCCUGGAAUGCCACGGGGGCCGUCCUUGCUUGUUCCUAUGGCAGGCUGGAUGACGGAGACUGGAGCUCCGAAAAAUCCUUCCUCUGCACUUGGAAUCUCGACCGCCGAGCGCUGAAUCCCCACCGGCCAGACCUUGUGGUGGAGGUCCCCAGCGCCAUCAUGUGUCUCGCUUUUCACCCGCAGCAGCCUUCGCUCAUCGCUGGAGGCCUGUUCAAUGGAGAGGUCUUGAUAUGGGACACCAGCAGGCAGGAAGACCCUUUGAUCUGGAGAACGGGAAUGACCGAUGACACUCACACCGAUCCUGUUUACGAGGUCGGCUGGCUCCGAGACUCCAGGCAGGCCCACACCUUUCGUGUCCUGAGUGUCUCCACAGACGGGAAGAUCCUAGUAUGGCAGGAAGAGCGAGACGGCCUUCUCCGCCCUGCCAGCGGUUUUGCCUUGGUCCAGCAGCAGAUUCCCAGGAGCACAAAGCUCAAGAAGCAUUAUCGAGGAGACAUGGCGGUGGGCGUGACGUCUCUCUCCUUUUCCCACUUCGAGCCCAGCGUCUUCAUCAGCGGCACGGAGGGCGGCUAUUUGAUGAAGUGCUCGACCGCGGCGGAAACGGUCGCCCUCUUGCAGAAGGGCAGCUCCGUCCCACUCAGGGCCCCUGCCCAGUUCAUCUUCUCCCUUCACGGAGGACCCAUCUACAGUGUCAGCUGCUCCCCUUUCCACAGGAAUCUGUUUUUGAGCGGAGGGACUGACGGGCACGUUCAUUUACACUCUAUGCUGCAAGCUCGCCCUCUUCUCUCCCUCCAGUUGUCGAAGAAAUACAUUUUCAGCGUGAGGUGGUCGCCGGUACGGCCCUUGGUGUUUGGAGCCGCUUCAGGGGAAGGGGAAGUGCAGCUGUUUGAUUUUGCAAAGAGCUCACAGAAGCCCUCGGUUUCAAUCAGGCAGACGUCCAACCAGUCCCCCAUCUACUGCUUGGAGUUCAACCCCCGGCAGCCUCAGCUUCUUGCCGCUGGCGAUGGCAGCGGAACAGUGAAGGUCUGGCAGCUGAGUUCAGAUUUCACCGAAGAGGGCCCGCGAGAGAUGAGCCACCUUGACCAGUUAGCAAACGAGGUCACAGACUGAUAUGCAUUGGUGUUUCUUAACGUACAGAUGCUUAGGCGGGGUGAGGAGGUCCCUUUGCUAGCUGCCAGCUAUUCCAAUCCCCCCACGGCAGCAGCGUGUCACAGCGUGAUGGAAAUGAUUACAAAUAAGUAAUAAAGCACCACUGUGACUAAC